AUGGCUCCUGCCGCCUCUUCAUCACCGGUUUCAGGUCCAAACGGAUCAACCAGCCGUGGACGACCACCGCUUCACAAUGACACCGACACGCCCCCCAUCCAGAAGAAGCCACGCCGCACCCACGCUCGCCGCUCCUGUUUCAUGUGUCAACAGCGAAAGGCACGAUGCGAGCUCCCCGAUCUCGAGGUUCCUUCCAGCUCCCUGCCCCUCCCAUAUCACCAGGCUUGUCAUCGAUGCAAGACGCUCCAGAUCUCGUGUAUCGUCGACGAUGCUAACAAGAAGAAGCCCAAGGUGUCGACGGCAGAAUCCGGCUCAGCGCGUUCCACCCCGUCAAAGCGACGCUCGUCUGCUGCUGCCACCGAUCGUCCAGCCAUGCGGAAGUCCAGCACCACCACCUCGCUAGCUUCGAACUUUGGCGACACACUCGGCGCUCAAAGCCAAGCCAGCACCAGCUCUACUAGUCUCGUACCUUCCUCCAUCACUCCUUCCGACGCCAACGACCUCAAGCUGGCGGGAGGACGCGAGGUGGGUGAUCACAUUGUUUAUCCCGCCGAGGCGCGACUCGUCUCGAAAACACCCGAUCCCUCUUCGGACGAAGACGAGGCACCGCCUUCGACUUCUGCCUCGAGACCGUCAGAUCGAUUCAAUAAGAGGGCCGCUUCGUCCGGAUCGGACCCUCACAUCAAGACGCAGGACCGCAGUCCGAGAGAUGCUGCCAACAUUGACACUUGGGAACGCUUUUCCACACGAAGUCGACCCCUCACGCUGCUUACCGAGCUCGUCCCUCGCCAGAACGGAUUUGCGUCCAAGGUCUUUCGCCUUGUAUCCGCACGAGCUACCAUCGAGACCGACGUCACCGAGAUUGUCUCGAACGAAAAGUCCAAACAGCUCAGCGACUGGUGCGAGAACAAUCUCACCCUUUGGAUGCCCCACAUCUCCAACGCCUAUCAGAUCCGUCAAGAGGCCUUGCAAGGCAAGCAAACACUCUCGACCCAGCUUCUCGAACAGGUGCUUUACCUCAUUGCUCUGCAGCACAUUCGGGAUCCAGCCGACGAUGUGACGCGUUUCUCAGUCACUCGCUUCGUCAUUCGUGAUCUGGCCCGUCUCAACCUCACAUCGCCACGCUCGCCCAAGGCAGUAGAGGCUCUCGAACUUCUGGCUUUGUUUCCCGUCGACGUCUCCGCCAUUCCAGGGCCGUCUCGCAACCGCAUCCGCACCGACUCGCAGAUCAAUGCAGCAGAACGUUUCGCUCGCUCGGUGCGCCUCGACCGCGUCGCUCUCACCGCCGCAGCUCCGUAUUCCUUCUUUACUUCCACCAAUCAACUCGACGACUUUGAGACCAAGCGAACCGCCAUGGCCUGGGCCAGCGUCAAGGCGUGGUACAACUGCUUCACGCUCGGCGACGACGAACUGUACGAGAGCAUCGAUGGGCGUUUCUUCUCGGACGACUGGAGUCGAUCCCUGAUUCUUCCUGACGAGCCUCCAUUGCGGCAGGCGCGCGACGAGGUACCGGAGAACGAGCUGUUCCAGAACAGACGCUGGUCGUGUCAACGUAGGAUAGGCAGUGUCGGUCUAGCCACCCGAUGUCUGGCGAUGAGACAGCUGCUCAGGGCAUUUGAUGCCAUCGCCAACGCACCCAUCGAGAUUGCUGAAGCGCAUCGGCUCGCCCAUCUGUCCAGCAUCCUCGACGACUACAAGCGACAGACCGUCAGCGUUGAUCAGGAGUUUGUGCGGAGCCUGGACAGCAUCAGCGACGGAGGCGAGCUACUGAGGACGUGGCUCAACAUCGAGAUGACGGCUGGAUAUCUGCUUGUGCUCGGCGCGGCGAUUCUGCGCGGACUCGGCAUCGACAAGAAGGAAAACGUCCCAUCACACGAGCUAGCUCUGCUCGUCCGCGGUGAGAACGCGUCCCCCGAGAUGCGCGAGUUCCUCACUCGAUUCGGCGAACACCGCAUCCUCGCUGCCGAAAAGGUGCUUGUCAACGUCAGCGUCCUCUGUCGCGAUGCUCGGGCGGCCAAGACGGCCAGCACCAACGGGCGCGGCCGAUCGACGCCCACGACGCAAGACCGGUGGAUGGUGGAGGGGCAAUCACGCACGGUGCUGCCCAUGAUGAACGUCUGCGGCUUUGCCCUCGAAGCCGCCUUCAACGCGAUGGAGAUGCACGCGACCAUGUUCAAGCUCUGGAAGACGCCGCCGAAGCGCUCCGAGUCGUGGCAGCUCGUCUUCUCGAACGUCGUCACGGCGAUGCUCUCGUUGGAUCCGAAGGGAUCGAUCCAGAGUGGAAGCAUUCCUGCUACCUGCGCGUAUAUUCUGCAGGGCAUGCUGAAGGUCAUUGCCUGCUGGACGGAUUGUAGUCGCAAGAAGGAGCAUCAGCGCACGACAUCGACGGGGAAUGGCGCGGUCGAGACGGGGGUCCGACGUGGACCGAGGUUAAACGGUGCUGGCUCGAGACCGCAGGAGAGACGAGCAGCGGUGGAGCCGGAGGUCGACCGAUACGCAGCUAUGCUGCAGGACGAGAUGACGCAGAAGAGCAUCGAUGCUGUGCAUGCAUUCGAGGCACCUUCGGUUGCUGGAUAUCGGAAUGGUGUCGCGCCACGACCGGAUCACGGCGAGGCAGUCUCCUCACCAUAUCGCUCGUCAGCAGCGACCUUUGCGCCAGAAUCGUCGUUCAUGCGCGGCAGUCAUCCAGGGCAGCGCUACGGUCCAGAUGCCACGGAAUCGCUCGCCGCCGCCCUGCCUCCCAGCGGAGGUCUCGAAGCAGGCAACCCAGCGAUCUACCAUCACCAACAGCGCUAUCACCCCUACUCUUCGUCCAUACCCGCAUCGGGCUCGUCCAAUGCCUCAUCGCACACGCACACGCCCCCGCCGUACUACGCCAAUGGCGUCCCUAUGGGCAAUGCACGAAGCAACGGCUCCAGCUUUGGCAUGGUCGACCCGACCAAUGGCCAGAGUGGCGAUGCCGGCUCGGCAGCGUUCGACUCGUUGGACUUUAUUCUAAACGACGUACUGGGGAGUUCGGAGUGGUCGGGGAUUUUGCAGGACAUUUGGCGCACGGAUAUGUAG